AUGACGACCCCCGUCGUCGCCGUGGCCACGGCCCUGCUCUUCCUCCUCCUCCACCGCCCGCCGGCGGCGCAGGCGCACGGCUCUGUGGCGCCUAUCGCCAUCGUCCACGGCAGCGGCACCGUUUGCGGCGUCCUCGCAGGGCCAUCGGAGAGGGGCAUCGUCUGCGCCAGGGGAUCUCGUACUUUCCAGCUGCUCCCCAACGUCUCCUUCGCCUCCGUCUCCGGCGGUCGCGAUUUCCUCUGCGGGCUGAGGUCAGAAGGGCGGAGCUUCUUCUGCUGGACAGUCGCCGGCGAGGACCUCAGCCCGAGACGGCUCUACCGUGGACCUCCUCCUCUGGAGGGCCUCACCGUGGGGGAGGACCACAUCGCCGCCUCUGUAGUUGGCGGCGGGCUCCGCUGGUGGAGAGGGGGGCGCCGGUUUCCGGACACCGUUGCGGGACAGUUCCGGUCCCUCUCUUCCGGUAAUGGGUUCUCCUGCGCGAUUCACGCGGACGACAGCAAAGUCAACUGCUGGGCCAGCGAGGGCAGGCUUGCAGAAGAAAUACAGAGUGGGUUCGCAAAUGUCAACAUGUCCACCCUCGUCGCCGGCGACUUCCACGCCUGCGGCAUCACCUCGAAAGGUUUCAUUCUCUGCACGGGGAGGAACGAGACAGGGCAGCUGAACCCCCCGUCCAGUUUUUUGCCCUUUGAGUUCUCAAGACUCGCCGUGGGAAGAAGCCACAGCUGCGCGAUCAAGCAGUCCAAUGGCACGGUGGUGUGCUGGGGUGGCGGCGGCGGCAGUGCUUACCAGCCUGUGAGCGAGUCAAUGGAAUGGAUCGUCGCCGGCGGCGACCUAACGUGCGGUGUCACCACCAGGAACUUCUCGGUGAUCUGCUGGGUCGCCUCCAACAGCACCAGCCCAUCAUCGGUUUCGCUCCUGCCGCUGCGGAACGUCCUUCCGGGAAUCUGCACGAAAGAGGGGUCUUGCGAUUCCUGCGGAGAAGUUCCGAAUUCCCUGAAUCUUUGCGGUGGUUCUGGGGUCAUAUGCCGGCCCUGCGGCAGCGGAAUCGCCGAGUCACCAUCGCCGCCGCCGGCGGCGGCUCCCAGACGAAGAAGCAGAUGGUUUCUGGCCUUCGCCAUCGUGGGGUCAGUGGGAGCCUUCGCCGGAGCCUGCACCAUCGCCUACUGCAUAUGGGCCGGAGUUUGCCGGCAGAAGAGAGUCCACAAUUCGGUCCAACCCACCAUCACCGGCGCCGGGAAUUCCCCCAGCGACAACUCCGCCACGACGGCGCCGCCGGCGCCCCGGUCUAUCGCCCUCGGGUCGAUCUCCAAAUCGAGGUCGCGGUCACGGUCGAUGAUCUUCCGGCGCCCGGAUCAGCGAGCAAUGAACAGGCAGAGGAGCGGGCCCUCAUCGGCCAGAGACAGAGCCGAGGUGUUCUCCAUCGACGAACUUGCGGCCGCCACGAAAAACUUCUCCAUGGAGACGAAGAUCGGUGCUGGCAGCUUCGGAACGGUCUACAAGGGCAAGCUCGCCGACGGCCGCGAGGUGGCCAUCAAGAGGAGCGAGUCUGCGCCCAAGGCCAGGAAGUUUCAGGAGAAGGAGAGCGCCUUCCAGUCCGAGCUGAUCUUCCUCUCCAGGCUCCACCACAAGCACCUGGUGGGCCUCGUCGGCUUCUGCGAGGAUGACGAUGAGCGCCUCCUGGUCUACGAGUUCAUGGAGAACGGCGCCCUCUACGACCACCUCCACUCCCGCAAAGGCGGCAGCCCCCCGUCCUCCUCUUCCUCCUCCGGCGGUGGCGGCGGCGUCCUGAACUCGUGGAAGAUGAGGAUCAAGGUACUCCUGGACACGGCCAGGGGGAUCGAGUACCUCCACAACUACGCCGUCCCCCCCAUCAUCCACAGAGACAUCAAAUCCUCCAACAUCCUGCUCGACGCGAACUGGACAGCCAAGGUGUCGGAUUUCGGAUUGUCGCUGAACGGCCCCAACUCCGACGGCGGCCACCUGUCGUUGAAGGCAGCGGGCACAGUGGGCUACAUGGACCCGGAAUACUACGGGCUCCACCAUCUCACCGUGAAGAGCGACGUCUACGGGCUCGGCGUGGUCAUGCUGGAGGUCUUGACAGGGAAGCGGGCGAUAUUCAAGGAAGAAGACGGGAACCCCACCAGUGUGGUGGACUACGCCGUGCCGAGGAUAGCCGCCGGCGAGGUGGCCGCCGUGCUAGACCCGAGAGUGGGCCUGCCAGCGCCGCUAAAUGAGGCGGAGGCGGUGGAACUGCUGGCAUACGUCGCCGUGCACUGCGUCAGCCUGGAAGGGAGGGAGAGACCCACCAUGACAGACAUUGUCGCCAACCUCGAGAGCGCCCUCGCUCUGUGCGAGGAGAGCCAUGGGAGCAUCUCCAGCGCCGGCAACUCCGUCGCCUCCUAUGAUUAA